AUGACUUUGGCUAUAAUAUUGGUUACUUUACUAUCGCUGAUCAUACUUUUGUUAUUGUAUUGUUUAUUAGGAAAUAGACAGUACUGGAAACAGUUUAAUGUUAAAGGGCCGGAGCCGAGCGCCCUGUUCGGUAACUACAAAGAUGUAAUUUUAAGACGUGUCACUUCUUUCGACUUUCACGAGAAGAUUUACAACUCUCAUCCCAAUGAGAAAGUCGUUGGCUUAUACCGUUUCAAUACACCAGUGCUCCUUUUGAGAGACUUGGACAUCGUCCAGCAAGUGUCCAUACGUGAUUUCGACAGUUUCGUCAACCGAGGAAUAGAGUUCGGUGAUAAGCUGAGUACAAAUUUAGGCUCAAGCUGUGAUAACACUUGGAGACUGCUCCGCACGCGUUUCUCCCCAAUCUUCACUUCUGGCAAAUUGAAGAAUAUGUUGCACCUGGUAGAGAGAUGUGGCGACCAACUACUGGAGCACUUGGAUGCUACGAUUCCGUCAUCAAUUGAAUGUGACGUCGUGAAUAUAACAAAGAGGUACGCGAUCAUGUCUAUCAGCGCCUGCGUUUUCGGCAUCGACAGGGACAUGACGAAACCCGAUGAGAAACUCGAAGAAGUUAACAAAAUGAUCUUCACGCAAUACCAAGCCUUAGAGUUGUUCUACGUUUGCCCUGAAUUAUUGAAGAAGAUGCAUUUCAACGCUUUGCCGAAAAAAAUAUCUGAAUACUUCAUUCGUUUGGUCGACGAAGUUAUCAACAAGCAACGCAACGGUGUGCCCUCUAAUAGGAAAGACUUCAUGGAUUUAUUGCUGGAGAUGAAAAACAUGACUGAAUUAAAAGGAGGCAAAAAGAAUGACGGCGAUGAAAUAACCGUGCUUCCUGUCACGGACGAAGUGAUAGCUGCACAGGCUAUGGUAUUCCAUGGAGCUGGUAUGGAGAGCAGCGCAACCACGCUCGCAUUUGCGCUUCACGAACUAGCGAAGAACCAGGAUGUCCAGGAGAAAUUGUUUCAAGAGAUAAAGCAGCAAGUCUUUGAGAAGAACAACGGAGAACUGAGCUUGGAGACCUUGAAACAGUUGACGUAUAUGUCUCAAGUAUUCGACGAGACACUCCGCAUGUAUCCAAUUAUUGAUCUUCAAAGAAAGGUUUCUGCAUCCUCUGUACAAAUACCUGGUACAGAUAUUACAUUGAAAAGGGAUGAUUACAUUUUUGUUCCUAUCCGGGGGAUCCAUUAUGAUGAAAAAUAUUAUCCUGAUCCUUACAAAUUUGACCCUGAGAGGUUUUCACCGGAGAACGUUAAGUCCAGACAUCCUUGCGCUUUCCUGCCGUUUGGUCUUGGUCCAAGACAUUGCAUCGGUGCGCGCUUUGCCACGGUUCAGAAUCGCCUGUUUCUGGUGAAAUUUUUGUCUCACUACAAAGUGGAGCCGCCUGCUGUUACGAAAAAGUUUACAUACAACCCUAUGAAAAUCACGCUCGCUGCAACAGAUGGAGUUCCCCUGAAGAUCACUCGAAGAAAUAUUUCUUAA